AUGUUAAUUUAAUAAACAUUUGUCAUCAUAUGAUUCCUAUUUCCUAUUGUCGUUUUUUGUUUGAGUAUAUUAAGGAUAUCAACAAUUUAAAAAGUAACUUUAUCUUCGCGUUUCCAAGUUAUUUCAACUUUCCCCUUUUUUUUUUUUAAUAAUUAAAAAAAUAAAUGGGCAUUGAUAAGAAACGACGUUCACGUUCGCGCGAACGUCAAAACGACAAGGAUCGAGAGCGCGACAAACAGCGCACGAGAGACUCACGCAAUGAUUACGAGCGGCAAAAAUUGGUACGAAGAUCCCGUUCUCGCUCAAGAGAUCGUUCUGCAAGGUUGAGAUCCCCGGACCAUUCUUCGCGUUACCGAGAUCGCAGCAAAGAUCGAUCUCGUUCUAGAGAACGCUAUCGGGAGUCUUUUCGUGAAAAAGAGAAAUCCUCUCGCGGUGAAGACAUCAAAUUAAAGAAUGACAAAGACGAAAAGCAAGACUUGUAUAAAAACGAUGCUAAGCUGAAGAAUGAAAAAAAUGAUAGUAAAGUGGAAGAUGAAGAAACGCAACAGAUAAAACCUAAAGCGAAAAAAGCGGAACCAUUAUCUUUGGAAGAACUAUUGGAAAAGAAGAAACGGGAGGAGGAAGCCCGCAGCAAGCCAGUGUUUUUAACGAAAGAACAACGAGCAGCCCAAGCUUUAAAACGCCGUCAAGAAGAAGUGGCCGCUAUAAGAGCUCAAGCCCAAAGUGGCAUGAAAUCAGGAGCUCAUGCAAAUAACGGAGUAACCAAUGUAGCUGCUCAUAACGCAGACUCAUUCUCCGUAUCUGCUAAACGAUUAGACAAUAGUAAAACAGAUCGAAAUGUUCGAGAACGCGACCGCGAAUAUGAUCGACGUGACCGUGAGAGGGACACGAAGCGGGUCGAUGAUCUCUCUCAGAAAGAUAAAGAGAAAGAGCUGGAAGCCAUACGCGAACGAUAUUUGGGUAUAGUGAAGAAAAAGCGCCGAGUUAGACGUUUAAACGAUCGUAAAUUCGUUUUCGAUUGGGAUGCUGCUGAAGAUACUUCAGUUGAUUACAAUAACCUUUAUAAAGAGCGCCAUCAUGUGCAAUUUUUUGGUAGAGGCAACGUAGCUGGCAUUGAUAUUAAAGAGCAAAAACGUACACAAAGCAAAUUCUAUGGAGAUCUUUUAGAAAAACGCCGGACGGAAGCGGAGAAAGAACAGGAGAAGGUACGCCUGAAAAAAGUUAAACGCAAAGAAGACAAACAAAAAUGGGACGAUCGCCAUUGGAGCGAAAAAGACUUGGACGAAAUGACAGAACGUGAUUGGCGUAUUUUCCGUGAGGACUACAAUAUUACUAUUAAAGGUGGAAAAAUACCGAACCCAAUUAGAAGCUGGAAAGAAUCUGGUUUUGCUAAAGAAAUACUGGAAAUUAUUGAUCGCGUUGGUUACAAAGAGCCAACACCAAUUCAAAGACAAGCAAUACCUAUAGGUUUACAGAACCGUGAUAUUAUUGGUGUGGCAGAAACUGGUUCCGGUAAAACCCUGGCUUUCCUUAUUCCUUUGUUGGCUUGGAUUCAAUCGUUGCCAAAAAUUGAACGCCUGGAAGAUGCUGAUCAAGGACCCUACGCUAUUAUAAUGGCUCCUACUCGUGAGCUGGCUCAGCAAAUAGAAGAAGAAACAAUCAAAUUUGGUCAACCGUUGGGCAUACGUACAGUAGUAGUGGUUGGCGGAUUGUCCCGCGAAGAACAAGGCUUUCGUUUACGUAUGGGUUGUGAAAUUGUUAUUGCUACACCUGGUCGUUUAAUUGAUGUAUUGGAAAAUCGAUAUUUGGUUUUGAAUCAAUGUACAUAUAUUGUCUUGGAUGAAGCUGAUCGUAUGAUUGAUAUGGGCUUUGAGCCAGAUGUACAGAAAAUUUUGGAAUAUAUGCCGGUCACAAAUUUAAAGCCGGACAGCGAAGAAGCUGAAGAUGCUAGUAAAUUAAUGGAAAAUUUUUAUUCGAAGAAGAAAUUCAGACAAACGGUGAUGUUUACUGCUACCAUGCCACCGGCAGUAGAGCGUUUAGCACGCUCUUAUCUGCGACGUCCCGCCACGGUUUAUAUCGGCUCUGUAGGAAAACCCACCGAGCGUACGGAACAAAUUGUUUAUAUGAUGGGCGAAAACGACAAACGCAAAAAGCUUAUGGAGAUUUUAUCACGUGGCAUCGAGCCUCCGGUUAUUAUUUUUGUCAAUCAGAAAAAAGGUGCAGAUGUUCUAGCGAAAGGUCUCGAAAAACUGGGUUACAAUGCUUGCACUCUACACGGCGGCAAAGGUCAAGAGCAGCGUGAAUACGCGUUGGCAGCCUUGAAAUCUGGAGCCAAAGACAUUUUGGUGGCCACUGAUGUGGCUGGGCGUGGUAUAGACAUUAAAGAUGUUUCGCUUGUUAUUAAUUACGAUAUGGCCAAGACGAUCGAAGAUUAUACACAUCGCAUUGGUCGUACCGGCCGUGCUGGUAAAAAUGGUAUCGCCAUAUCUUUUGUCACAAAAGAUGAUAGUGGACUUUUCUAUGAUUUGAAGCAGUGCGUUAUGUCAAGUCCGGUUUCAGUUUGUCCACCAGAAUUAAUGAAUCAUCCCGAUGCUCAACAUAAACCUGGAACGGUAGUGACGAAAAAACGUAGAGAAGAAAAGAUAUUUGCUUAAAUUAAAAUUUUUAUUUUAAUA